AUGAUUCUUUCCUUAAAAAAAAAGGUAGAUCCAAUCCAUCCUCACUCACGAAAGCAACGACUGGUAUCUAAGAAUCAUUUACAAGACGACAUAUCACCAACCUCACUAAAUUUAAGUACUACACCAUCCAUAAAUGAAAAUACAUUAAUUAACGGAUCUAUUGGUCCAGAUAUAAACGCUUUGAUGGAUAUUAGUAAACAUAAAUAUAUUGAUGGAUUUCCGGAUUGUAAUAAUAUUAUCUUUGAUCAAUUAAAGAGUUCAAAUUUGCAAGAAAGAGAACAUGCAGCACAACAACUAUCUAAAAAUUUAUUAUCUAUUGAAAGAGAAUUAUCAGUAGAACAAUUCCAAAGAUUCAUCACUACCUUACAUAAUAAAAUAUUUGAAUUAAUUCAUGGGUCUACGUCAAACGAAAAGAUUGCAGGAAUCAAAGCUGUAGAUGUCUUGAUAUCCUUUUAUAGUUCUCAUGACGAACUUCCCAACCAAACAUCACGUUUAGCAAAUUAUUUGAGAACUUUACUACCUUCAAAUGAUUCAGAAGUUAUGAAACAAGCUGCGAUGGCCCUGGGUAGAUUAGCCGUCCCAGGUAACACAAUAACAACAGAUUUCGUUGAUGUACAAGUUAAUACGUGUAUUGAAUGGUUGACUGUAUUACCAGAAAAUAAUUAUAGUGGUAAGGUAGAAUAUCAAAAACACGCCGCCCUAUUAAUAUUAAUUUCAUUUACCAAAAAUUCACCAUAUUUGUUGUAUCCAUAUGUUAAUCCAAUUCUUGAAAAUAUUUGGAGACCGCUUAGGGAAACUAAGGUUGCAAUUCGUCUAGAUGCAGCUGAAUUAUUAGGAAAUUGUCUUUGUGUACUUCAAGAAAGAAAUGAUGAUAACUGUAAACAAAAAUGGGUCAAAUCUCUAUAUAGUACUGUCACAGAUAGUUCAUUGCCAAUCACACCGGAGUUAAUACAUGGAUCCUUGUUAGUGUAUCGAGAAUUACUUAAAGUUGGUUCUGGUAAGUUUUUAAAGAGUAAGAUAACUGAAAUUUUUUAUAAGAUUAUGACUUUUAAAAAUUAUAAAUUAGAUAUAAUACGGCAUGAGAUUUAUACAAUAUUACCACUGGUUGCAACAUUUGAUCAAAAAAAAUUUAUCAAAAAGUAUUUGGAUAUUAUCAUGGUGCAUUAUUUGACUGUACUGAAGAAUAUGAGUAUUAAUUCAACAAUGAGCUGUGAUAGACCAUAUAUAUAUGUGUCAAUAGGUGAUAUUUCUAGUCAAGUAAGGUCUCAUAUCAAUCCUUACGUGAAACAAAUAGUAGAAAAUUUACAAGAUGCUUUGAAAAGUAAAUUGAAGGUUCGAAAACUCUAUGAGAAGGAAUUAUUUUAUUGUCUAAAUAAAUUAGUUAUUGCAAUGGGACCUGCUCUAGCGAAAUACUUGCAUAAUGAUUUAUUGCGACUUAUCUUUGCAUGUACUCUAACUGGCUAUAUGGAAGAGACAUUAUUAAUACUAGUAGACAAUAUUCCUUCUCUGGAAAAGAUUAUCAAAAAAAGAGUACUUACUAUUAUCAGUUACUAUUUAUCAGGUGAAAGUUUUGACCACUUUGAAAAACAGAAGAUACCUAAUGAAUCUGUCUUAGAAAAUGGACAACGAUGGAGAAAUAAGUAUAUUUUUAAUAAAAAUGACGAACCCAAGGAUAAAACAAAAGAUGCACAAUUGAUUUCACAGGCUUUAAAAACGCUACGUAAUAUAAAGCUUGAACAAUCCCUAACAUCUUUUGCCAGAACUGUAUUAAUUACUUAUUGUGAACAUGACGAUCCCAUUGUUAGAAAAUUUGCAACUUUGACAACCUGUGAAAUUUAUUCUAAGAACCAUAAAGUUAUGUCUUCAAAUGACAAAUAUACAUUAAUAGCUGUUAAUGAGGUUGUUUCAAGAGUCAUAAUUACAGCUCUUGCAGAUCCGGUUUCAGAAAUUCGCUUGGAGACUUUGAAAAAACUAAACAAUGUAUUUGAUGCCCAGCUUGCACAACCAGAUAAUGCUAGACUUUUAAUCACGAGUUUGAAAGAUGAAGUAUUCAACAUUCAGAAAGAGGGUAUGAAUCUACUGGGUAGAUUAAGUCUUGUUAAUCCUGCAUAUAUUGUACCACUUUUAAGAAAAACGCUACUGGAGUUAUUAACUGAAUUAAAAUAUACAAAUUGGCGCAGAAAAAAAGAAGAGUGUUUGAUCUUGCUUAAGAUUUUAUGCAGUUCUAAUAAAACUAUUGUAGAGCCAUAUACUGACAUAUUAAUGGAUCUUUUGCUGAACAAUGCUAAAGAUACUUCCUCUAUUGUAACUUGUGGUGCUUUGGAAGCGAUAUCAAAAUUAUCAGUAACUAUUGAACAGGACAUGAUGCUAUAUAUGGAUAGAAUAAUAAAAUUGAUAAUUGAUAUACUGAAGGAUAAAUCCAAUAUCUAUAAAAAACAAGUUGCUGUGAAAACUUUAAUUAAAUUAGUGUCAUCUACUGGUUAUGUGAUCUCACCACUAUUAGAUUAUAGUGAAUUGUUAGGGAUACUACUGGGUAUUCUUCAGAGUGAUGCCUUAAAGGAUAUUAGUCUAGAUACAUUACAAUUAAUUGGUACUUUAGGAGCAUUAGAUCCAUACAAACACAGAGAGAUUUCCACUACUAAUAUCUCUUCUAAAGAUUCAUCUAUGAUUAACGCACAUACAGAUAUCAAUCUACUAAUAAGUGGAAUGUCACCAGGUGAUGAAAAUUAUUAUCCCCUUGUGGUGAUUGAUGUGUUAACUGGGAUAAUGGCAGACACUAGUUAUUCACCUCAUCAUACAGUAAUUGUACAGUCAAUUGUACAUAUAUUUCAAGAUAUGGGAAAGAGGUGUUCUGUUCUCCUAGACAAGGUGCUCCCAACCUUAUUAUCGGUAAUGCGAACAUGUCCUCCUUCUAUGUUAGAGUUUUAUUUCCAACAAUUAGGUCUGAUAACCAAAAUAGUUGGAGAUUAUAUGAGUCCAUUUGUAGAUGAUAUCUUGCAGCUAAUAAAUGACUUUUUAACAAUCAAAACUUUACAACCAACCAUGGUGAUGCUGAUAGAGUCACUGGCGAAAGGCUUACUGACAAAAUUCAAAGUAUUUGUACCUGCGACUUUAUCUAUCUAUGUAAAUAUUUUAGAUACAGAUAAGUCAAGUGGUAAGAAAACUUCAAUUAUUUUGCUUAAGUCAUUAAUAUCCUUUGGUUCUAGUUUGGAAAAUUAUUCAUAUUUAAUACUACCUACAGUAAUUCGGAUUUCAGAAUAUGGCAUAAAAUCUUUGAGAAAAGUAGCUAUUGUUACUAUUGGUAAGUUGGCAAAAAUUAUUGACCUAUCAGAAAUGACAUCUCGGAUAAUCCAAAGUCUUUUGAGAACACUAAACAGUAAUGAUGAUGAAUUGAAUAAAGCAGUGAUGAAUACUUUUUGUCUUUUGUUACUUCAGACUAAUUUAGAUUUUUUGAUUUACGCUCCUAUAAUAAAUAAAAUUUUAUUACAAAAAAAUAUUCAACAUUCAGUUUAUGAUCAACUUAUAACUAAAUUAAUGAAUAAUGAAAGAAUUCCUAACAACUUUUUCUUUGAGAGGGAACAAGAAAAUUUGAAUAGAAUCCAAAAAGGAAGUUUUAAGGAGCCUGAAAAAUUGCCAAUAAAUCAGAAUGUGUUGAAGUCAAGUUGGAAUUGCAGCAACGUAAAAACUACUGAGGCAUGGAGAGAAUGGUUUAGAAGAUUUUCCAUUCAACUUCUUAAAGAAUCUCCUUCUUCGACAUUAAGAGCAUGCUCUUCUUUAGUAGAUAUCCCAUAUCCACUAACUAAGGAACUUUUUAAUAUAUCUUUUGCAAGUUGUUGGAAAGAGCUUUUUAGUGAAAAUCGUGAUGACUUCAUAACUUCAUUAUCAAUGGCAUUGACUUCGAACGAAUGUCCUUUAGACAUUCAUCAAAAUCUACUUGCAUUGAUUGAAUAUAUGGAUCAUAAUAAUACACCACUACCAUUAUCAUUAGAGAAGUUGAGUAGCUUUUCUCAAAAAUGUAAUUUUUAUACUAAAACACUUUAUUAUAAGGAAUUGGAAUAUAAGGAAGAUCAAGAUUCUAAGAUUAUUGAAACUUUACUUAAUUUAAAUAAUCAAUUACAUCAAACUGAUUCAGUGAUCGGAAUUUUAAAAUAUGCACAAAAGGUUCAAAAAUCACAAUCAAGAGAGGUAUGGUAUGAGAAACUACAACGUUGGGAGGAUGCCUUGGAUUCAUAUAAAGAACGAGAGUCAGCAGGUGAAAAUUCUUUCGAAAUAACAUUAGGUAAAAUGCGUUCGUUAUAUGCCUUAGGUAAUUGGUCUGAGUUGUAUAGUCUUACUAAAGAGUAUUGGGAUGUUUUAGAUUUAACUACUAAAAAGAAAAUUGCUCCAUUAGCUGCUACUGCAACUUGGAUGACUGGGAAAUGGAAUUUCAUAAGAGAAUAUGUUAACAAUAUGUCUCAUAAUACCCAAGAGUAUGAAUUUAUUAAUGUAAUUUGCAAUAUUCAUAGUAAUAAUUUUAAAGCUGCAGAAUAUCAUCUCAAAAAAACAAGAGAAUUGAUUAUGAAAGAUAUUAUUAAUCUGGGAAACGAAAGCUACUCUAGGUUGUAUAAUCUAUUUACUAGAGCACAGGUGGUUACAGAAUUAGAAGAAGUUAUUGAAUACAAACAGUCACCCCUAGACUCGAAUAAAAGAAGCAGGAUAAAAGAAAUAUGGGAUAAAAGAUUAAAGGGUGUCCAGAAGAAUGUUGAUAUUUGGCGUAAUUUUUUGCAGGUUCGUUCAUUGGUACUUACACCCAAAGAACAAUUAGAUAUAUCUAUUAAAUUUGCCAAUUUAUGUAGAAAGUCUGGUAGAUUGGCGUUAUGUAAUUCAAUAUUAAACCAGUUAAUGGAUCCAGUUGAAUCACCUGAUCAAAUACCAAAAGUUAAGGCACCACCGACAGUAAUAUAUGCAAAGAUAAAGUAUUUAUGGGCAUGUGAUUCCUAUAAUGAAGCGUUGGAUAACUUGAUUAUCUUAACUUCAAAGAUGAUGACAGAUUUGGGAUUUGAAACAAGUGAUGUUAUGACGGGAACAAGCUGUGUCAGGUGUAGUGUACCUUCAUAUAAAUUAGAUAUGUACAAAGAGUUAUUGGCUAGGUGCUUUGUUAAACAAGGGAAAUGGAUGGUACAUUUAGAACCAACGUGGAGAAAAACUAACCCUGACAAAAUUCUAAGCUCAUAUCUUUUAGCAACGCAUUUUGAUCCACUAUCAUACAAGGCAUGGCACAGUUGGGCAUUAGCCAAUUAUGAAGUAAUAUCUGCGAAACUAUCAGAUAUGGAAGGUGAAGAUGGAAAUCAAAAAGACAGUCAUGCAACUUUGGAUGUGCAUGAAUUAGACAUCCAGCAUUAUCAAGAUGAUCCACAUUUGAUUUAUAAGCAUGUUGUCCCAGCUAUUCAAGGAUUUUUUCAAUCUAUUGCGUUGUCUGAAUCAAGUUCUAUGCAAGAUGCGUUAAGAAUAUUGAGUCUUUGGUUUUCAUUUGGUGGUAUCCCUGAAGUAUCACAGGCUAUGCAACAAGGGUUUGCAUCCACCAAAAUUGGAACAUGGUUAGAAGUUCUACCACAGCUAAUCUCUCGGAUCCAUCAGCCUAAUUAUAUUGUGAGUAGAUCAUUACUGGCUUUGUUAUCUGAUUUAAGUAAGGUCCAUCCUCAGGCUUUAAUAUAUCCUUUGACUGUUGCUAUUAAAUCUGAGUCUGUUUCGAGAAGAAAUGCCGCACAGUCAAUUAUAGAUAAAAUGUUAUCGCACAGUCCAAUAUUAGUUCAACAAGGUGAAUUGGUAAGUGAUGAACUAAUUAGGGUAGCCGUAUUGUGGCAUGAACAGUGGUAUGAAGGUCUAGAGGAAGCUAGUAGACAAUAUUUCAGUGAGCAUGAUGUUGAUAAGAUGCUUGCUGUCUUGGAACCACUUUAUAAAACUUUGGAUGAUGGUCCUGAGACAUUGCGUGAAAUAUCCUUUUACAAUGCAUAUGGGCAUGACUUAGUCAUAGCGAAACAUCUAAUUGAGAAAUAUCAAAACAAAAACGAGAAGAAGUAUAUUAAGGAAGCAUGGGAUACAUAUUACUUAGUUUUUAAGAAAAUAACAGAGACAUUACCACUGUUACAAAAUUUGGAACUACAACAUAUAUCCCCUAAAUUGUUGGCUCUUGAAAAUUUAGAAUUGGCUAUUCCGGGUACCUAUUUUAUUGAUAAACCUAUAAUCAAAAUUGCUAAAUUCCAUAAAACUAUUUCUGUUAUCUCUUCGAAACAAAGACCACGAAAGAUCACAAUUAAAGGUGAUGAUGGAAAAGACUAUCAUUAUGCUUUGAAAGGUCAUGAAGAUAUUAGACAAGAUAGUUUAGUAAUGCAAUUAUUUGGUUUGGUCAAUACCUUAUUGCAAAAGGAUACAGAAUCUUUUAAGAGGCAUUUGGAUAUUCAACAGUUCCCAGCCAUCCCACUUUCACCUAAGACAGGUUUGUUAGGAUGGGUUUCUAAUAGUGAUACUUUCCAUGCUUUAGUUAAAUCACAGAGAGAAGCUAAUAAGAUUCCUUUGAACAUUGAACACUGGAUAAUGUUACAAAUGGCGCCUGAUUAUGAUAAUCUGGAACUCUUACAAAAGAUUGAGGUGUUCCAAUAUUCUAUGGAUAACACAAAAGGUGAUGACAUGGCGAGGGCCUUUUGGUUAAAGAGUAAGUCAUCAGAAGUGUGGUUAGAAAGAAGAACUACGUACACUCGUUCUUUGGCUGUGAUGUCUAUGGUUGGUUACAUUUUGGGACUUGGUGAUCGUCAUCCUAGUAACUUUUUAAUAGAUAGAAGCACAGGUAAAGUCGUUCAUAUUGAUUUUGGUGACUGUUUUGAGUCAACUAUUUUAAGAACUAAAUUCCCAGAGAAAGUUCCAUUUCGUUUAACUAGGAUGUUAGUAAAUGCAAUGGAAAUUGGUGGUAUUGAAGGUAGUUUCAGGAUUGCAUCUGAGCAUGUAAUGAGAGUUUUACGUAACAAUCAAGACUCAUUGAUUGCCUUACUUGAAGCAUUUGCCUUAGAUCCGUUGAUAUAUUGGGGGUCUGAUUUGCCAAAGACAAAAAUUGAAGAACAAACGGGGAUCAAUUUGUCAAUGCCUAACCCAAAUGAAUUAUAUAGAAGAGGUUUAAUAUCACAAGAUGAUGUGCAUUCUAUGGAAGUGGAGCAAGAACGAAAAUUGAAAAAUGCCAGAGCAACUUUGGUGCUGAAUCGUAUUAACGACAAGUUAGUGGGAAACGAUAUCCCACAUCUAUCAAAUUUAGAUGUGCCAGAGCAAGUAGAUAAAUUGAUACAGCAAGCUACUUCUAUUGAGAAUCUUUGUCAGCAUUAUAUUGGUUGGUGCCCAUUCUGGUAA